AUGGCAUCCCGCAGGUCGAGGUCUCCAUCGACCCCUUCAGAGGGUGAGAUCAUCGAAUCAGGUUCAGAGACGAAGGCAACUACGUCGAAACUUCCUCUUAAUGGCAGCAUCGUUGACCGUCCCACCAGAGCUAGUCCUGCAUCCGUGACACGGAGCAGAUCGCCACGCCACCGGAGAUCGAGGACCAGGACCAGGUCGACCUCGCGUACGCGGUCCCGUUCUCCCUACCGCGAUUACAGAGGCUACAAGCGGCGCCGGGACGAUGAAUAUGAUGAUUAUGACCAUGACGACCGGCGAUACCGACACGAACCUCCCCGACGCGUCGGAUCCCGAUACGAUGACGGCCGGUACUACGGACGAGGUCAACCCGACCGACGCGCACGGCCUUCCUAUUAUGACUACGACCGUGAAGAGCACUACGGCGAUGGCCUCCGAUAUAGCGACGAAUCUGAUCGCCGCAGAGAGAAACGCGCGCGCACGCGGAGCCGGUCGCCGUACCGCGAAGUUCGCAAGCCUAAGCAGUAUUCCGGGGAUGAGUGGGAGUCUCCAAGAGAUGAGAGUACUGCCUCUCGGAAUCGCAGGAGGGGGGCUUCUAUUGAACAGUCAGUGAGCGAGCGAGGGAACACUCCAGUCGUCGCUCAAGGUAUUAAGCAAGAUGCUGAAACUCAGAAACCUCAGGUGCAGCAAGCUUCUGCCACCUUACAUGCCCAUGUUGAUAGUGUGAAUGGGGCGUCCGAAAAUCACGACGAACAACCCCCAGCCGAACCCCUUGACGAAGCAGCCCAGUUAGAGGCCCGUCGCAAACGACGUGAAGCAAUCCGGGCUAAAUACCGCGGCCAAGCUACCCCGAUGCGUUUGCAGGCACUUCACAUCGGUGAAAGUAGUAGAGAUUCGUCCACUCCAGGUGCUGAUACUGCCGCAUCAGGCAGUGCUGUUUCUGAAGCAGCACCGUUGUCAGCACCUGAGACACCUGCUGAUAGUCCAGGGGAGUUGUUCUCUGACUUCAAAGUAGGCAAAGAUGCUGAUUUAAUGAACGGCGCACCGGUAAACGGUGUGGACAAAGAUGGUCCGUCUGCAGCAGACUACGACCCUACCUUGGACAUGAAAGCGGAGAGGGAGAGGCAUGAUAGUCGUGGUACUAAUGAGGAGUUGUCUGCGGCGUCUUAUGACGAGACGCAAACCUCCCGACAGGACAUCCUGCUCCCCGAUGCUGUUCAACCCCCGCCUCAGCCCAAAGCGAAGGAUCCUUAUGACAUGUUCGCAGAGGAUGAUGACGAUGAUAUGUUCGCUGAAGACACGCAGGAGACUACGCAGCCAACGCAUGCAUCGGCUAAGUCGGCAGUCCCGCAGCCCAAAGAGCUCGACAUCAGUAUGAUGGACAACUGGGACGACCCGGAAGGAUAUUACAAUGUCCGGCUGGGUGAGUUGAUUAACGGGCGAUACCAUGUGCAGCAGAAUCUAGGCAAAGGCAUGUUCUCGUCGGUCGUACGCGCCACGGACUCCAAGACUGGUGGCUUGGUUGCCAUCAAGAUCAUCCGCCAGAAUGACACGAUGAAGAAGGCGGGCAUGAAGGAAAUCGGCAUACUGGAGCAGCUUCACGAGGCCGAUCCGGAGGACAAGAAGCAUCUUAUCAAGUUUGAGCGGUACUUUGACCACAAGGGACAUCUGUGCAUGGUGUUUGAGAACCUGAGCAUGAACCUGCGGGAGGUCUUGAAGAAAUUCGGCCGCGACGUUGGUCUGAACCUGCGAGCCAUCCGGGCGUAUGCCCAGCAGAUAUUCCUGGGGCUCAGCUUGAUGCGGAAGUGCAACAUUCUCCAUGCGGACCUCAAGCCCGACAACCUGUUGGUCAACGAGCAACGCAACAUCCUCAAAGUGUGCGACCUGGGAUCGGCAUCCCCGGCGACGGAGAACGAGAUCACACCGUAUCUCGUGAGUCGAUUCUACCGGGCGCCCGAGAUUAUUUUGGGAAUCCCGUACGACCACGCCAUUGAUGUGUGGUCGAUCGGCUGCACGUUGUUCGAGCUGUACACGGGCAAGAUACUGUUUACGGGGCGCAACAACAACCAGAUGCUACGAUCCAUCAUGGAAUGCCGUGGCAAAUAUCCGCCGAAGCUGCUGCGGCGAGGGUCGCUGACGCCGAUGCACUUCGAUGACAUGCUUAACUUCUUGAGCAUGGAAGAGGAUAAGAUCACCGGGCGACCAGUCACGCGGGUGCUGGACUUCAAGAAGCCGACGCGGGACUUGAAGACCCGGCUAAUGGGAGGCAAGGAGACACGAGGCAUGACAGACAGUGAGGCAAAAGAGCUGGCCCAAUUUGUGGAUCUACUGGACCGAUGCUUGAACCUCAAUCCGGAGAAGCGGUGCACGCCGACAGAGGCGUUGAAACAUCCGUUUCUGUCUCGGCCCAAGGCGUAA